UUGACUUCGACCUGAUCUGAGAUUAGACUGACUGACUCUCUCUCUCUCUCUCUCUAAACAUGAGCGUCAGUUCAACACGGAGCAGCGAGGACAUCGACGAGCUCGAAGCUGUAAGCUGGUAUCAUUAUGAUUUGUCCCGGCAUGCAGCUGAAGCUCUUCUCCUUUCGAAUGGGGUAGAUGGGAAUUUUUUACUCAGAAACAGCAACAAGGGUGUUGACUGCUUCGCCUUGUCUGUACGAGCAAAGGAUUCAGUGAAACACUUUCAUGUCCGCCGGCAGUUUGGCAGAUAUUGCUUUGGCUUCAAUGAAUUUCCUUCCCUACAAGAUUUUUGCAGUCACCUAGCCAAUCAGCCCUUGCUAGGCAGUGAGACAGGAAAUCUGAUAGUGCUGCGGUUCCCAUAUCCACGGCAAGUGGAAGAGCCAUCGAUUUAUGAGACUGUGUGUGUGCAUACUGCCAUGCAGACUGGCCGACAUGAGAACGACCUGGUGCCUAAUGCUCCAGCACUUGGAACUAAAGAAGGUUAUCUGGUUAAGCAAGGAGCAUUUAUCAAGAACUGGAAGCAGAGAUGGUUCACACUGAAUAGAUAUGAACUGAAAUAUUUCAAAGACAAAAUGUUUGUGGAGCCGAUUCGGACCCUGGACCUGACGGAGUGCUCUGCUGUCCAGUUCGAUUACAGUCAGGAAAGAGUAAACUGCUUCUGUCUGGUGUUUCCUGAGAGAACCUUUUAUUUGUGUGCAAAAUCCGGAGCUGAGGCAGAUGAAUGGAUUAAAAUACUACGAUGGAAACUGUCACAGGUCAAGAAAGGUAGAUGAUGCUCACGAUGGAAAGAAGAAAAACUGGAGCAAAUAAGAGUUGUGUGCUGCUGUCUUUGUGAUUACACAAGAUACAUUAACUGCAUAGGAUUUCCCAUGGAGCAGUUAUAAAGAGUCUGGAAGCUGUGUUGGCAUUCUAACUGACAGUAGGUUUUUGUUUUUGUGUUUACAGACACUGAUUUUUUUUAUUCUUCUCCAACCCAAGAUAUAUUUGCAGCAUGAAGAUAAAUGUACCUUUAAAGAGUGUCUGCUCCCAAACGUAUCUAAAUAAACCCUUACUAUAUACAGUAUAUUGGAAGUAACAAUGCUUCCAGAAUAAGACCUUAUAAUGAUGAUGCAUUUUUGGGCCAAACUGGGUGUCCGUCACUCUUGGUUUUUACUAAAACAACAUCUAUAUGUAAAUCCACAUAGAAUCUGUGCAGAAUUAUCCACAGAUCCCACCAUUAAGUCUUUAUUUACUAGUGUAAAUGUGUGUAAAUAUAUAUUUAUUCAGUUUUUAUAUUCAUUUCAGUAAUAUGAUUGAAUAGUAUGCAAGUGUUUAUAUGAUUUAUUUACAAUACAGUUUGUAAAGUACAUUUUUCUGUUUUUUAGCAGAUAUAUUAUGAGACUUGCUUUGUUUACCAAACAAGUGGAAUUGUAUUGUAAAGUUUAAAUAAAAGUUAUAGCGUUAUUAUUUUUGUAUUUCAUGUUUUAGGUUUUUAGUUGCUAUACGCCCAAACUUUUCUGCAGAAAUGUCAACAUAUGUCUGCAGAUUCUAUCUGGCACUGCCUAUAAAAUACUCCCAGUGGUAUUUCUGCAGACAAUAAGAUCUGCGGCCAACAAAGGUUAAUGAUUCUUAAAUAUUUUGUUCAUUAAGAUAAUCUGAAACAUAUCUGUAAUUCAAUUUGUAGCUUAAAUACAAUCACCAGAAGUCAAAUAUAAAUCAUACACUAAUAUAACAUGACAUCACAAUCAUCAAGUUUCCGGUCAAUCUUUAUUUAAAGCACAUUUUGAAUUCUUUGUGUGCGAGUAAAUACAAAAAAGUGGAAACAUGAGUACUUUUCCUGUUCAGUAUGAUGGUGUAUGAUGUCCUACUUGUUGCCAGCCGUAUUUAUAAUAAA